UUUUCAGAUGGUGAUUGGGCUACCGGAAGCUGGGCGCGUUGACGGGGCUGCAGGGAGCAGGAGGGGAAAAGCUACCCUUCUGCAGCUCUGGCAACGUCAGCGCUCGAGGGUUGAAGAGGGAGACGAGCUAAAAGAGAAUAUCCAUUUACCUCACGAUGGCAUUUGCACCUCCAAAAAGCAUAGAUGGCCCCAAAAUGCAGACAAAGAUGAGUACAUGGACGCCCCUAAACCAUCAACUUUUGAAUGACCAGGUAUUUGAAGAAAGAAGAGCCCUGCUUGGAAAAUGGUUCGACAAGUGGACGGACUCUCAAAGGAGAAGAAUUCUCACUGGCCUGUUGGAGCGUUGCUCCCUUUCACAGCAAAAGUUCUGCUGCCGAAAGCUCCAGGAGAAAAUUCCAGCAGAAGCCCUGGAUUUUACGACCAAGCUUCCACGGGUGUUAUCUUUAUACAUCUUUUCUUUCCUGGACCCCCGAAGUCUUUGUCGCUGUGCACAGGUGUGCUGGCAUUGGAAGAACCUAGCUGAGCUGGACCAGCUCUGGAUGUUCAAAUGUUUGCGGUUUAACUGGUACAUCAAUUUUUCUCCAACUCCCUUUGAGCAGGGGAUCUGGAAAAAGCACUACAUUCAAAUGGUGAAAGAACUUCAUGUUACUAAGCCUAAGACUCCGCCAAAAAAUGGAUUUGCCAUUGCCAAUGUUCAGCCAGUUGCAAGCAGUUCUCCAGGGGAGAAACAGUCACCUUUAUCCGCUUUUCGGUCCUCUUCCUCCUUGAGAAAGAAGAAUAACCCAGGGGAGAAAGAACUUCCUCCUUGGAGAUCCUCUGACAAGCAUCCCACAGAUAUCAUUCGUUUUAAUUACCUAGAAAACUGUGACCCCUUUGAGAAUGUCUGGCAAAGAAGAAGAAAGAGAACUGAAAUGACUCCAGAUUUCAGCCGACAGUCACAUGAUAAGAAAAAUAAAUUGCAGGACAGAUCUAGGCUAAGGAAAGCACAGUCACUGAUGUCGAGGAGAGAGCCUUUCCUACUAUGGCCCUGAGUUCCAGCUACCCCCUCACCGUUCCAGCGCGUCUCGCCUGGGCUUCUCCUGGGUCAGCGGCACUCCCAGCCGCCACCACCACAGCAGAAAUCCUCACCCCACAUUAUCAGAGACACUCUGGGCUUCAGGCGUGGCCCGUGCUGGCUCCAGAGCCAAAGCUGACUUGAAGAGGUGGAAGGACUCGUCUAGACAUUACAGGAUUCAGUGCACGGUGGAGAGUCGCACAGGCAUCUUGCUAGAAACCCUUUCCGUGUAAGCGCCUUAUUUGUGGAAGUGAGUCCUGUAGUCUGUCAGUAAAAAAGGAAUGCAUGGCA